AUGCCCCCUGCCUCUGGAAUAGCCUAUAGACAGAGGGGGAGAGAGCUUUCUCUUCCUAGCUCCAACAGAGGUUCAGCUGAUUCCUACACUAGUAGACCCUCGGAUUCCGACGUGUCCCUGGAGGACGACCCCGAGGCGUCUCGGCUUGAAGCCGAGCGCCAGGCCCAACUGCAGCUGGAGAGAGCCAAGUCGAAACCGGUAGCAUUUGCAGUGAAGACCAACGUGAGUUACUGUGGGGCUCUAGAUGGGGACUGUCCUGUCCAAGGUGCUGCUAUCAACUUUGAAACCAAAGACUUUCUACAUAUAAAAGAGAAAUACAGCAAUGACUGGUGGAUCGGUCGGCUGGUGAAAGAGGGGGCGGACAUCACCUUCAUCCCCAGCCCGGUGAAACUGGAGGCCAUGCGGAUCAAACAGGAACAAAAACAGGCACAGAGGAAAGCAGCGAACACAUCGUCCAGCUGGAGGUCCACACCACCAUCUGCAGCCAAACAGAAGCCAAAGCAGACAGAGCAUCUCCCACCCUAUGAUGUUGUUCCCUCCAUGAGGCCGGUGGUGUUGGUGGGGCCCUCCCUGAAAGGCUAUGAGGUAACGGACAUGAUGCAGAAGGCCCUGUUUGACUUCCUGAAACACAGGUUUGAUGGGAGAAUCUCUAUCACACGGGUGACUGCUGAUCUGUCAUUAGCCAAAAGGUCUGUACUGAACAAGAAGGCCAUCAUGGAGAGGUCCAACACACGCUCCAGUCUAGCUGAGGUCCAGAGUGAGAUUGAGAGAAUUUUUGAGCUGGCUAAGACCUUACAGCUCGUAGUUCUGGAUGCAGACACCAUCAACCACCCAACACAACUCCUCAAAACAUCCCUGGCUCCUAUCAUCGUUUAUGUUAAGGUGUCCUCUCCAAAGGUUCUUCAGAGGCUCAUCAAAUCUCGGGGGAAAUCUCAAAGUAAACACCUCAACGUACAGAUGAUGGCAGGAGACAAACUAGCACAGUGUCCACCCGAGAUGUUUGAUGUGAUCCUGGAUGAAAACCAGCUGGAGGAUGCAUGUGAACACCUGGCAGAGUACCUGGACAUCUACUGGCGUGCCACUCACCUGCCCUGUUCCACCCCCCUCAACCCCCUAUUGGACCAAAGCGUGGUCACUCCGCCCUCUGCUAACUCCAGCCAACAGUUCUCAGAGACUCAAGAGUUAAUAGAAUGAUCACUACCUAGCUACCACAGACACAGACCUGGCAGCCACUGCUGUGGUUCAGAGGUAAGGGGUCAGAAGUCCGAGGUCACUGGGGGUCACGGGGGGACCAGGGGUCGGCAGCCUUCGUUCCUGUCUGGAUAGGCACCAUCUCCACAGGCCUGCCCCUCUCAAUCCUGGAGAGGUAGAAGGAGGUGGACGACAGGGGGACAGGGCAGCUUGCAUCUGAGAAAGACAGAAGGAGAAGGAGGUUGAGGAGCAGUAAGAGGAGCAUGACCAGGAGGAGGAAAACACCCCCCCACCCCCCUGAUAAAGACGGACCCCCAUCUCCACGCUGCCCCCUGCUGGAGAGUCCUCCCAGAGUCCCCUGACUGAUCCCACAGCCACCUGAUGCUUCUCAGGGCCAAUCACUGCAACAGCACGCAACAGGAAAACAAACCAGAGCAGUGACCGGACCUCCAGCUUGACCCAGACCAAACCCUCUCGCCCCUUACAUCCCCAAACCUCACUCUUCGCCCCCACCCUAACCCUCACCGCUAUAAGCACUCUAAACCACUUAGCGAUAGCACCCAAACAGUUAUGUAAAACCCACUGAACCAGCCCAUGUGUUUUCACUAAGGGCAGGCCUUUCCAGACACAGAUGGGUUGGUCCAGGUCUGGUCUUAGACAGUUCACACUCUGAAACAACAAGUGUAAUCUAAUGCUUAAUAAUGCUUAGACUGUUGCAUAGUGUGGCAUAGGUCUCUUCCUAAAAUCACUGUCCAAUCGGAAUUUAUGAAUGUGCUUAGAGUACAGUACAGUAGGGUAGAGUACAGUACAGUAGGGUAGAGUACAGUACAGUAGGGUAGAAUAUAGUACAGUAGGGUAGAGUAUAGUACAGUAGGGUAGAGUACAGUAGGGUAGAGUACAGUAGGGUAGAGUACAGUAGCCCCCCACAAUCAACAACUCCUCUCUUUAAAGCUCUAAGGUUUCUUACGCUUUCUAAAGAUGUACUGAGGAACGUGGAAAUGAAGGACAAUGACAUAUCUCCCACAUUUAGAAACCAUUUCGGGAUGGCUUCCGCCACCACCAUUUUCUGUGAGUCGCGAUUUAAAGAUUGGACCAAAUUAUUUGCUGUAAAUAGGGCACACUGGGCACCACCGUGUUCCGAUGUGUUCAGGCACCUGGUCAGUACUGUAUGUAAUGACCAGAACUGUUCUCUUCCUUUAUUGCUUGCGUUCUCUUGCUUGACAGCUUGUUUUUUUUUCAUGGCCUGUUUGGUAUUGUAUUGUUCCCGUAACAGACUGGUAUUGUAGGCCUUAUAUGGUGACACGGAGGAAUAAAGUAUGCAUGAAUCAAAGCACAUCAAAGCACAAACUAGCACAUUGCCUUCUACAGCUCUUGUGUAUCUUUAUCAUGUUUCAACAGAAUGUAUCAACAGGAGGUCAGAGUAGCUUAGCCAUUAUAUUCACCAAUCUGAACGCAGGCAGGCACCCAGAUAAGAGGAGUCAGAUCACGCACGUUGUUUAUUUAUUUAUUUUUAUGACCAAAAACAUCAUCAGUACUUGAGGAGAUACAUUAACCAUUUGUAAGUUCAAAACAUUUAGGGCACACAGAAAAACUCUCCCUAAAACCAAUUCCAGUUUCUCCUUAAUGUAUUCUUGCAUGCCUUAUCACUGUACAGCCCACAUUACAGGACUUUACUGUAUCUCUCCUCCCACUGUUCAACCUGUUCUCUCCUCAGACACUACAUUACACUCAACAUAUAUAAGCAGUUGAUUGCGAAUUCUGAUAACAAGUUCAGUUUAAGUUCUGAUAAAAAAGUGUAGUUAAAGUCCCAGCACUUCAAUGAUGAGUGGCCUAUAAAGACUAUGCUUCCACAAUAAUUCAGUUCUCAUGAAUUAUGAUGUAAAUCUACCUAUCCACUGUUAUCCAAGCUUGUCCGUUUCACUUCCUGUUUUUCUUUCGUUGGGAGCGAGGGACCUCUAGUGUUGGGCUUGUGUCAUGACACCCGAAGUAACACGUUACUGAAUGUCAUCCAACGUAA